AAACUGAGGCAAGGAUUGGUGUGAUCGUGGUGAAAUUCCAUUAAUGGUUGACGCCCACUCUGUCACUGAUUGAUCAACACUAGCUAGCUAGCUAAACUUUUAGAGAAUGGCUACUGUAACUCUAUUUCUCUGCUGUCUGCUGGGAAGUGUUUCUCUUGUGUAUGGGCAGACUUUGAUUCGACUGGCAUUACCAAGUGACCCCUCUGGCACUGACCGCACUGGACAGAUCAUCUCAUUCUCUGAUUUUGGACCAGGAGCUAAUAGUGUUCCACCAGCCUUGUAUUGCUACAAUAACAACAAUGGUGCUGUAACGUGGGUGUUCCCAGGGGGUAACGUGCCUGUAGUUUUCAACAGACCUGCAACUGGGGACGAACUGUUCAUCAGUGCUGUUGGUAAUCCUAGAGCCGUUAUUCUGCAUCGUGGUCCCACACACUUCAGUCCUGAUGGAGAACACUGCUGUAGGAGGAAUGACAAUUCACUGAGGAUAUGUGUCACCUUCACUCCCUGCCCCACACUGAGUCCCCUCACUAACUCUAAUGGAAGGAUUUCAUACGACCCAGACACCAACAUAGCCACCUACGGCUGUGUCCCUGGAUACGCACCAACUAUCACCAGUGGAGACCAACAGAGGACUUGUCAGAGUGAUGGUACUAGUGCUGGUACCUGGACUGGAACAGCAGCUACACUUACUUGCGCACUGUCAUCCAUUGACUGUGGGGGGACACCUCCCUCCAUCACCAAUGGCUCUCCUGGAGCACCCACCAGCACAACUCUUGGAGGGUUCGUGACCUACACCUGUAACACUGGGUAUGAAGUCUCCACUGGAGUCACCACAGCAAUGGCUACCUGUAUGGCUAGUGGGACCUGGGGACCUCUACCAACUUGUCAGAUUGUGGAUUGUGGCUCUCCUACCACCAUUGACAAUGGAUCUCCUGGAUCACCCACCUCCACAACCUACCAAGGGACAGUGACCUACACCUGUGUCAGUGGGUAUGAGGUCUCCACUGGAGUCACCACAGCAAUGGCUAGCUGUAUGGCUAGUGGGACCUGGGGACCUCUACCAACUUGUUCACGUGUCUCAUGUGGUGACCCUCCCCCUGGCAACAAUGCAUCUCCUGGAUCACCCACCAGCACAGUGUACCAAGGGACAGUGACCUACACCUGUACCCCUGGAUAUUGGAUCUCUCGAGGAUCCUUCUCAGCAACGGCUACCUGUGGGGCUAAUGGGAUGUGGGGACCUCUACCAACUUGUACAGUUGUGGAUUGUGGCUCCCCACCCACCAUUGACAAUGGGUCUCCUGGAUCACCCACCUCCACAACCUACCAAGGGACAGUGGCCUACACCUGUGUCAGUGGGUAUGAGGCCUCCACUGGAGUCACCACAGCAAUGGCUACCUGUCUGGCUAGUGGGGCCUGGGGACCUCUACCAACUUGUUCACGUGUCUCAUGUGGUGACCCUCCCUCUGGCAACAAUGCAUCUCCUGGAGAACCAACCAGCACAGUGUACCAAGGAGCAGUGACCUACACUUGUGUCACUGGAUAUUGGAUAUCUCCAACAGUUUUCUCAAGAUUUGCUACCUGUGGGGCUAAUAGGAUGUGGAAUCCUGUACUAACUUGUACAGCUGUUGACUGUGGACCUCUGACUAUUAAUAAUGGACAAGUCAGUACAUCCCCUGGAACCACCUUUGGGGGCAUAGCUACCUACACCUGUAACACUGGAUACACUCAAAAUGGACCAUCCACCAGAACAUGUCAGGCUGAUACAGUGUGGAGGGGAGAUGCACCAACUUGUGAUGCCCUGUGUCCUCGUGAGCCCCUCUCCAAUGGAAUGGUGACCUACUCACCUUCUGAUGAUCCUCCACAACCCGGAGCAGUGGCCACUUACUCUUGUGACACUGGGUAUGAACUGAGUGGUGCUAGUAUGAGGAAUUGUGUGGCUGUCAGUGGAUGGAGUACAUCUCUACCUGUUUGCAAUCCUGUUGACUGUGGACCUCUGACUAUUGCCAAUGGAGCAGUGGACACAUCCUCUGGAACCACCUUCAUGAUGACUGCUACCUACACCUGUAACACUGGAUACACUCUCAUUGGAGCAAACACUCGGACUUGUGGUGGUGAUGGACAGUGGACUCCAGAUGCUCCAACCUGUUUACAGCUCCUAGCUGUGAUCAGCCCCAGUGGUGGUCCAAUGGCUGGUCAGAGUUUCUCCCUCACUUGUUCCCUGAGUGGAGGGGCCUCUCUACAACCCACCCUCUCCUACCAGUGGACGAGGGAGGGAGGGCCACUCAUGACCAACACAGCAACCCUCAACUUUGACACUCUCUACUUGUCAGACGCUGGUCAGUACAGCUGUCAGGUCAUCCUCACCUCCAGUCAGCUUGAGGGGGAACACACUGUAGCUGCUCACUACACCAUUGAGUUCAGGAGCCUGCACAUUCAACUUGGUCUGGAGGGAAUAACAAACUGCAGAGUGUACACUGAACAAGACGCUGAUAUGAAAACAGAUGACAUCACCAAUAGUCUGACACAAGGCAUUGAAAGCCAGUGUGCCUGUGGAUUCAACUCUUCCCUCAUUUUGAAUCCCUUCAUUGUUUGUUUCGAUGACUCCCCUAGUCAUGUGACCUACCGAGCUGUGCUCACUGGAUCAGAGAGUGUAUCCACCAUACAACUGGCUAGGCUAAUGGAACAGUGGGUUGAGAAUGAUCCAAUCGUUGUGGUGCAGAGUGCAGGCCUCAGUGUGACUAACAGUUGUCCGAUUGUCAUUGCUAACCUCAAUAGUCCAGAGUGCCCUGAGGACAUCACUAAUCGGACAACUGCUACUACCUCACCCACAGAGAGUGUAGUGGUCAAUGUUGGUGCAGUGGCUGGUGGGGUGGUUGCUGGAGUCUUGGCCAUUGCUGUGCUAGUACUGAUUGUAAUAGUGGUGCUGUUGUUACUAAGGCUACGGAGGUCUGGAUCCAAGGACAUGAGUGAUGAGAAGACAGGCAGCAGGCAACCAACAGAACUACCCCCAGUGGUGAUGAGUCAUCUCCCCUCCCAUGAUUACGAGGGGUUGAGCAAACUACAAGAGGAGGCUACCUAUGAGGUGGUGGACCAGCCACGCCCCCCUCCUCCUGCAGACUACCAUCUCUCAGCCUGUGCAGCUUAUGCAUCCACUGACUGCAACACAGAGAACAAGUAGACACUAUGUAAUAACACAUGUAGUCUAGUUUGUCAAUGUGUCACUACGUGUCACUGUUAUUUUAGCAAGUUGUUAGUAGAUCGAGAUCUAUAUACGCAAAAAUCAUUCAUUUGCUUUGAUCAAUGUUCAUAUAAGAAUUUGCAUGGCUGAAAAAUAAACUAUGGCGCUAACAA